AAUCAUAAAAAAAAAAGAAAAGCAGAGGAAUUCAAGAACAAGAUUGCAAAAGGAAUGGAGGGUCUGAUUCCAUUUUUGUACAAAGCGAUUGUACAGUACAAGAACGGAGGGACUGUAUCGUCGGUUUUGUUCAGUGAACACCAUCAUUCUCCUUCCGCUUCUGGUUAUUACAUCAGACUUCCGGGAGAUUCUUCCGGUCGGUUUCGGGCAUCGGAUCUCCAACGAGUCGGGUCGGGUCGUCAUCGGUUGCUCGAAACGUCGUCGUCUUCGCCGUCUCAUGCCCCCUCUAGGAACCGGCAGGUCUACGCAUAGGGAAAUGAUCAUAUACGCAAUGAUAACGGUCACGUGAUUGUGGUAAUUGUAUAUAAAUCAUAUUGUGUAUCAAGAAUAUAUAUAUAUAUAGAUAUAGAUAUCAUAGUUACUGUUACAGUGUUACGUGUUGUUUAUAUCAUCAAAGCUGUGGUAAAACUGUAUAUAUAAAGACCUUUAAGGAUAUCCAUAAGUUUGGUGAUGAUACAAUAUAUGCAGUUUAUUAGAUAGAUUAUGCAUAAUCGAUACUUUAUGGUUACGGUGGACCAUGGAAAAUCUGCUUUCUAAUGUGAAUGUGAUA